ACUGCCUGGCCUUCAGCGAUUGAACGCAGUCCGAUAGCCAGUGUUGAGGGUAUAGUUGCGGCUGGGAUUGGGAGCGCACUGUGCUUUGAUCGUGUGGAAUAGGGUUGUCCGAGAAUCUCUCUAAUAAUGGAGGUUGUUGAGGAAACGACCGAGAAGUGCCCUGAAGAAAAGAGCACUUUGUCUGCGUCGAGAAGAAGAGCAGAAAUCCGGAGACGAAAAUUGCUGAUGAAUUCUGAAGACAGAAUGAACAGGAUCGUUGGGUAUGGCAAAAGCGAUGGAGAACCCAAUGUUGACAGACAUGGAAUGAAGCCCCGGUUCCACCUGGAUCUGGACAGAACCGAGCCUUGGUCUACAUCAGUUUCAUCCACCAGACUCUCCCCAUAUGCCGCUGCGGUGGCGAGCGGCAACCACCACGUCGAUGUUCUGGAGAGGAGCGGGUCGCCCUUGUUGGACAGCAGCGACAUACUAAGUGGCGAUGCCGAGGAAGAGGUGACAGGGGCGCUCAGGCAAAGGUCCCAGGGGGACGUGCCGCCAGACGGAGUCCCCCGAUCCCCCCGCAGGGGGCUGCAGAAGUACCUGUCCCGCUUUGAUGAUGCCGUGAGGCUGCGGGCCCAGGUGGCCGGUGUGAAGACGCCCCAGGACGGCGGCUCAGAGCCAGAGGAGCUUGACUCCUUCCGGCUCUUCAGGGUGGUUGGGAGCGUCAUUCUCGCUAUCGCUGUCAGGGUGUUCAUCUGCAAGUACGUGUCCAUAUUUGCACCAUUUCUUACCCUCCAGCUGGCCUACAUGGGGUUAUACAAAUAUUUCCCAAAGACUGAAAAGAAGAUGAAAACCACUGUGCUGACCGCAGCCCUCCUGCUGUCCGGGAUCCCGGCCGAAGUCAUCAACCGCUCCAUGGACACUUACAGCAAGAUGGGCGACGUCUUCACCGACCUCUGCGUCUACUUCUUCACGUUCAUCCUGUGUCACGAGAUCCUCCUUCUCUUCGGCUCUGAAAUCCCCUGAAGGGCAGGGAUAAUAUGGCCGCCGCUUCCUGGCUGUUUCCUCUAAUCUGGCUGAUGCAGUAGGCCUCGACUUCCCCUCCCUCCCCUGCCCUGCUCAGGCUGUCCGCCCCUCCAUAUCCGUGGGAGGCUGCCUUCUUUUUACCUACGCUGAAUUCCGAAAGGUGUCUGGAACAGAUGGUCAGCCAUAGGGUGCUGAAUAUGUGUCCACCGUGGGGAUCCAAAAACAUCAGAUUUUGAAGGAGAGAUUAAAUUUCUCCUGGCAGGUAACCGGCUCUGGGAGGUUGACAAGGACGAUGUUUGCGUUUCAGUUUUGGGCGUAACUAAGCCCGCUGCUGCUGCUAAACAUUCCGUUAUUUUUGCUGCUUUGUUACAUGAUGCUGAAAAGGCUAGAAAAUUAGCCCAGAUAUUGAUGAGUUGCAUUUUUUUCAGGUAAAAAAAUGUCAAUAUACACUGGAGGCAAACUAUUUAUUUGGUUGUCAGUUUUUUUGUAGAUUUUGUUUUGUUUUUGUUUUCUUUUCCUCACGUAUGUAGUUUUCACUGCAUUCACUUUACUUUCACUACAAUUACUUUAAAUGCCCUGAAAGUGUCCUCUAUAUAAACAUGAGUGAUGACACCUGUGACUGAAAGGCAUCCUGCAUGAAAACAGAAUGCAGUUCUACAUUAAACCCAUGUAAUCAUUUUAUGAAUUACCUGAAUUGGUGGAAUCCUUUGAUUAAUCGGUAUUGUAGCGGUCCUACUACAGUAUUAUGGUGAAUAUUUUGUUGUCACUUUAUCCAUGUGGGACCUACAUCUUUGUAAUCUUGUAGCAGUAUAUGUGUUUGAUAGAUUGUGUUAGAGCUAAUGCCAUUUCUGUGUGCUAGCUAUUCAUGACUAUCAUUCCCCUGGUGUCAUAGCAUGUUAUGUGUUUAAUAUGA